GAGGCCCCGGCGGCCAGCAGCAGCGCCCCCUCGCCAGCGGCGCCCGCUGGCCUGCUCGGCGUCACCGGCCUCGUGGCGGCCGCGGCCAGGCUUCCCAGGCGCUGGCUGCCCUCGAGGCCGGAGGAGCUCGGCGUCGGGCGCGGCGGCGGGCUGCCGGGGGCCGCCACGAUCUUCCAGGCCGGGUCUGCGGGCCUGACGGUCUCCAUGGUGACGGUGCGGCGGGGGCAGGACCUCGGGAGCGCCGAGAUGGGGGAGCUGGAGCCGCUCGUGGUGGUGGAGGUGCUGGAGGUGGGCCAGGGCCAGCGCAUGCGGGUGCGGUGCUCUGGCGCGCCAGGCUUGGAGGGCUGGGUGAGCUGCCGGACGAGGCUCGGGGAGCAGCUCGUUGCGCCCGUCGCCGUCUCCGGGGGCAUUGCGCACCGCGCCUCGCCCUCCUCGCAGGGUUGGGUCGGGGACCUCCUCGGCGCCCACUUCGCUGUCGGGGGCAGGCACACGGUCAGGUCGGUCGUGACCGUGAGGUCCGGCGAGGGCCUCGACAGCGCGAUCGUGUGCGAGCUGUGGCGGGGAGAGAGCCUCCGGAUCCUGGAGAUGGGGCAGGCCAACCGGCGCCGCGUGAGGGUGGAGUCCGGCGGCGUGGAGGGCUGGAUCAGCCUGGCGACGCAGGCGGGCGACCUGCUGGUCAACGUGCGCCCAGGGGACGAUCGAGCUGCUGGGGCAGGGCCCGAGGAGCCGGUGUGGCGGCUGGGCGCGCCGGGCGCGGCACUGUCCGCGGGGGCCGCCGUCACCAGGCGGCUGGCGUCGAUCGGCCGCAGGCCCACCGCCUCGGAAGAGCUCGAGAGGAAUCUGCAGAUCGCCAGCGGCCUGCCCGAGUUCAGCGGCAGGCUGCCGGAGUUCGGGCUGGGCGGCCUCCAGCGUGGCGAGAGGGCCCUCCAGAUCUCCAGCGCACUGGCCUCCCGCCGGUGCUGGAACGCGGGGCGGGAGCUCGCCGGCAUGCUGCCAGAGUUUGAGUUCAACGGCGUCGGGAACCAGGCCAAGUACGAGCCCACCUGCAGCGUGUGUCUCUCGGAUUUCGUGAACGGGGAGAUGGCCAAGAGGCUCCCCUGCGAGCACGUCUUCCACGCGGGCUGCCUGGACGCCUGGCUGGCCCGGAGCCCGCAGUGCCCCAUGCGCUGCCACGCGGACCUGGCGCGGUGCCUGGCACGGGCACCGCGGCACGAGUCUCCCCUCGUCCUGCCCAGCGCCGCGCCCCCCGAGGUCAGCACGGCUCGGCUGCGGUCGAGGGCGCUGAAGGGCAGGCUCGAGGAACAUGCUACUGAGAUUGCUCAGAUCAAGGAAAAGAGCGCUAACCUGGAGAAGGAGCAAGCGGGGCUGCAGGCCGCGGUCAAGGAGCUGCAGACCACGCUGGCGGUGGCGGAGGCGCAGGUUGCGGCGCCGCUGGACCCAGCACGCCUUGCCGAUUGGCACAGGACGGCUGACACUGCCCUCUUCGUCCUCUCCUGUCAGGCCCCCGCCGCACCAGGAGAGGUCAAGUCCGCCAUUUCGCAAUGGCUCCAGGCCGCCAAGGUCACCGAGGACCAGGUCACGCUCCUCGGCGACCUCCCGUCGAAACGUUUCCACCUCCACUGCCCUGGUGGCGCUGCGGGCGUUGCCCGCGCUGGGGCACUCCAGGCUGCGCUCAAGCUACCAGGCGGACAAUGGCGUCGAUUUGACGUGCUCUCGGUCAACGGCCAGCGCGUCACCAUGUACACGAAUGCCGACAAGAGCGCGGAGGACAUCCGUAAGGAGGUGCAGACGAAGAAACUGUCGGGCCUCAUCAUGGCUGCGGUGCCCAGCAAGGACUGCUGGGCGCGCCGAUCGAAGGGCCUUGUCUACGUGGACUCUGUGCCUAUCGUGGAGGUGCAGGUGCGUGGCCCCGACGAGGCCUCCCGACUGGCCUGGGACGGGUCCGCCACCGCCCGCCUCGGCAUCGACAAGCAGGCCAUUACGAACCAGUUCCAGGCACUCUGGCGCGAGGUCGGGGCCGCUACCCGUGGGCGGCGGAAAGUGAACAUGGUCGUAGAGCACCUUCGCCAGCGCUCCAUUGUGCUGGUCCAGGAAGUUCACGGCUUCACCGAGACGCUCCAGAACUACCUCAACCAGUACAGCAUCCACUACAAUAUGUAUAGCUCUACGACCGGUCGUCCGGGGGACCCUAUGAAGAGGACCUUCGUUGCAGCUGGCGAUUAUAACAUGACCGAUGUGCCAGCGGAGUCUCUUUUGUACCCUCGGCCGCGUCAGGACUCGGGGACGCUGCGCACGAUUGAUCGGAUCUUCGUCUCACUCGCAUCGUCUUUCGCGCUGGAGACCGAGUGCGACCUCCAGCUGGUGCACGACGCCGUGGCGCUGGACGCGCAGAACCUCAGCGACCACGCAAUCCUCAAGCUUCGCAUGAAGACCAGGCAGGCCACGCCCAAGGGCGAGAGGAAAAUCCCAGCUUUCAUUUUCAAGAGCCCUGAGUACAAGCGGAUCCUCGCCAACUGCCUUGAUGGUUGUCGCAUCGAGUUCAGGCCUGUUUUUGAACAGUGGCGCGACGUCAAGGCCAUGAUGACGCUCGCCGCGGAGUUCGCUCGGAACGAGCUGCAGUCCAAGGCGCUGGUGGUCGACAGCGACAGUUGGCGGCACGCGCGACUGUUGACCCUCAACUCGGUCGCCAGGGCCGUCUGGCGGCAAGACGUUCGACUGGCCAGGAGGCUCAUGCAUGAUGCGCCCAUCGGUGCCGCGGAGCUCGAGCUCGUCGACGGCACCGUGCAGUUGAAGAGGCCUGGCGACUUCCACGCGCACGUGCGGGAGGCGCAAGCGCAACUCCUGGAACGGGAGACGGCGGCGCUCGUCGACAGUGCCAGUGGGGCACGCCGGCGGACGGCGGAAGUCAUGAUCAAGCGAGCGCUGGUGGAACCCCACCAAGCAGCGCAGACGCAGUAG